UGAAGCUCUGUUAUCUAAAAAUUCAGUCGAUCUCCUUCAUUGUCUCCUGAUUGUACGUUCUUUUGUCUUCUUUCAUUCAAUGGCCCAUAGAUUCUUAUAACCAUUUUUAUUUUUAUUUUCUUCUAUGACUGCACAACAACAAAGCCUUUUAGAUUACCUAUAUGAUAUUAUACAAACAUAGGCAAGGACGGAAAAUUGGAUAGGGACAUCCCUACAUUCUUAUAUUGCUAAAAUGCUAUCUAAAUAUCCCAAAACUCCAUUCUCAAGAAAUAUGGUAGAUAAUAAUAUUACAAGCCCUUUAUUUGAGUCUCCUCCUCCUCCUCCUCCACACAAAUCCAAUCUGCCGAUGUUAUAUUAUGGCCUAGUGGUUGUCGGCACAGCUGCUAUAGUGCUAGCUGCUUACAACCUUAUAAUCAUCAAGUGGUGCGCUCAACGUGGAGGCCGAUCAGGGCAGGGACCAAAUGUGUUUAUAGAGGUAACAGCAAGCCAGAGUUUUGAAAACUCCAACAGCAACUUGCCGUCUAGUUUCAAGUACAAAAAGGGAAAAACAGGCGGUGACCAAGAUCAGGGAAGUGACUAUGAAUGUGCUGUUUGCUUAUCGGCUUUUGAAGAGGGAGAAGAGGUUAGGCAAUUGCCAAGGUGUAAGCACUUGUUCCAUGCUCCUUGUAUAGAUAUGUGGCUGUAUUCCCACUCAGAUUGCCCGCUUUGUCGUUCAAGUAUUGAUCCUCCUCUUGCGGUGAGUAAUAGAAGACCGGCCGCGGCGGCAGGCGAUACUUCAGAGACUUCUAGAGAAGGGUUACUGGGCUCCGCCAUCAAUAAUAUUGUUUGAGGUUUUUGUUUUCUAGGUUCCUGUCUUUUCCCACUUGUUUGUUGACUAGGAAGGGGAAAUUAGAUGCCAUUGCGUGUCUGCUGGCAAUGAAACGUUCUGAGAUUUGAUUUGAUGAAGAUAACCAUGAUUGCUUCGCGGAUUGACAUAUUGGUCCACCUUGUGUAUUCUUUGUUCUUCGUUUGGCAAAAAGUUGGUCCA